AAGGAGAAGAAGAAAAUGAAGAAACAGGCGGAGUUUGAGCGCCAGGUGGCGUCGCUGCGCGCCGCGGCCGCCUCUGGGGACAGCGACUUCGCCGUGUCCCAGGCCGAGCUGUCCUCGCGCCAGGCCAUGCUGGAGAACGCCUCCGACAUCAAGCUGGAGAAGUUCAGCAUUUCGGCUCAUGGCAAGGAGCUCUACGUGAACGCCGACCUGUACAUCGUGGCCGGGCGGCGCUACGGCCUCGUGGGGCCCAACGGGUGCGAGUUUGGGGGAGAAAUCCGGGGAUUUGGGGGUUAA